AUGUCGCCAAAGAAAGUUUUGUUUGUUCUGACCAAUAUCGCCAAAAUCCCUGGCACUGAAAAGGAAAUUGGUUGGUGGCUGGCUGAAGUCGCACACCCUUUUCACGUCAUCAAUGGCAAGGCAGAGAUUGUCUUUGCUUCGCCCAGAGGCGGCCUCGCACCGGUAGAUCCCGUGUCGGUCCAAUACUCACCCGAUGAAGUAUCGCAAGACUUUCUCAACAACCACAAGGCCCUGUUUGAGCAGACCGAGCCUCUGGAGAAGUUUCUGGGAAAAGCCGCCGAGUUCGACGCCAUCUACUACCCCGGAGGCCACGGACCAAUGUUUGAUGUGGCAACGGAUCCGGUGUCGAUCCAGCUGAUUGGCGAGUUUUUUGCUCUUGACAAGACCAUCUCCGCCGUCUGUCAUGGCCCGGCGGCUUUCGUCAAUGUCAUUUUGCCAAACGGAAAGCACUUCCUAGAGGGAAAGAAACUUACAGGCCUCUCCAACGCCGAAGAAGACUCGUUUCAAAUGUCACAGUACAUGCCUUUCCCGCUAGAGACGAAGCUGAAUGAGGCUUCGGGCGGGCUGUACACCGUCAAGGAUCAAGACGCCGAGAGUGCUACCGUCGUUGUGGGAAAUGAUGGGAAAUUCAUCACGGGGCAAAACCCAAAGAGCGGCAAGGUUGUGGGGGAGGCGAUUCUCAAGGCCAUUGGGGUCAAUUAA